AUGACUCCGAGUCGCUUCGGCUCCUCUACGAAUGGCUCACAACAAGCAUACGCUGCGACAGCACCAUCAAUGGCAGAUACACUACCGACGAUCGACUUCAACUUUGACGAUUUGCGCCAGCGCAUGCAGCAGUUCACGCAGCGAUUUGACGAGUUUAUUGAGCGUGGUCGUAAGCGCGUUUUGGAGGAACGGAAUGCCUUUCGUAUGAAUGCGGCAGAUCUUGAAGACCAACAGAGGCAGAGAAGACAGGCGAUUUCACAAUUCGAGACGAAGUCGUCAAGUCAUGCGCAAAUUGUGGCCAGGGAAGCGCAAGAAACCGAGGAGAUGCACGAAGCCAUUCGCACUCUCACUGCUCAAAAGGAGGAACACACUUCACGUCGCGAUCAACUCAAGCAGGAGAUUGCAUCUGUGCAGACUUCGAUCAAACAACGCAGAGAGGCUCAAGCAGCACAUCAACGCGCAUUGGAUGCGCAGGCGCGACAGAAUGUUCCCGAAUUACGGUUCUGGGAGACUUGCCUCGGACUGCGAAUAGAGGGAACCGGUAUAGACGACACGCUGAAGUUCAUUUUUGACGGUGUUGGCGAGCGAAAGGCGAAUAAAGAAUGCUGGUUUGAGCUGCAGAUUGGAGGAAGAGAGUAUACAGUAUCAAGUACGAAGCCCAGGCUGGAGAGAGAAGACGUUGAUGGCACUCUGGAGCGACUCAAUGAGACCAAGGAGCUUGGUCCCUUCUUGAAGGCUAUGCGAAGCCUGUUUGCAGAAGCUGUACGAUCAUGA